AUGGGCAGAGGAGGUGGGCUCGGAACUGACACUCUCCCUGAUCUCCAGGCCUGUUCCUCUCCCAGGGAAGAAAACCAAAUCCUCAUCAAGGAACAAGCACUCUCGCCUCCCCUCGGACGUCCCGAGCUCGGCUUGGGAUCAUUGUUUAUCUUUUUUUUGCUCUUUCUCCAGUUUGGACGUCAUAGACUAAACCCAGAAAAUAGAACAUUGGGAAGUCUGCGGAAUGUUCUCUAUCUUCUUCACCAACGAGUGAGGCGUUUUGGAAUUAUGGGACUCUACAAAGGCCUUGAAGCCAAACUGCUGCAGACAGUCCUCACUGCUGCUCUUAUGUUCCUUGUUUAUGAGAAACUGACAGCUGCCACCUUCACAGUCAUGGGGCUGAAGAGUGUGCGCAAGCCCUGAUACGCCUUCCUGUGAAAAGUGCAGAAGAUGACUCAAGAAGAGAGUUUCCUUCUGAGUGAAAAGAAGUGAUUCUCUCUUUACUCUGGCUCUUGCCACCACAAAUUUAACCCUCAUUGACUUGAAAAGCAUCCAAGGGUAAACAGGAAGUAUAGUGAACUGGACUUGUUGCCACCUUAAUUUUUUUGAUGCUGGUUAGAUUUGGGGGUGGAAGUUGGACUAAUAUUCAAAGUAAAACACUAUUGAAAACUUAACCAAGUUUAUGGGAAUUGAUUAAUUGGUUUUCUUAAGGGGAAUGGACUAUUGCUCUCAUGUGUAACCUUUUCUUUUUAAAAAUUUCAACUCUUUUUUUUUUUUUCUCAAAAUCUCUUCCAGGUUCUAGGACACAUUUAAUAACAUAUAAUUCUCCUCAGAUGCUUUUGUAUCUCUUAACCUUGGUAUUUUCCUCACUAAAAAUAAUAUUAUGACUGUGCCACAGGGAUGACUUUUUAUUUUUGUUGGGCUUUUUCUCUCCUGCUUAAGGAGAAGGGUCUUUUUUUAGUACAUAAGCUAUUUAUUUUUGGGGGGGAGAUGAAAAUUAUUAAUCCCAAGUGAUUCUCUUAUAAACUGUAAAUGUCACAUA